UUCUGAGCUUUGAGUAAAACAGAAUACUGAACAAAAGCCAGUUCCUCAAAGCCAUUAAUAAAUCAAGCGUUUUGAACAUCUAUCAUGUCUUCCUCAAGGGACUCUUUGGUGGAUGCUCUUAGUAUGAAAGAGGGAAAUGGUGAACACAGUUACGAUACCAAUUCUCAUUAUCAGAGAAGUGUUUUCUCCGAGAUAGAACAUGUGGUGGUAGAGAGCAUCAUAGAAAUGUUAAUGAAUUUGGACUAUCCCGAAUACAUCAAAGUGGCCGACUUGGGUUGUUCUUCUGGACGAAACACGUUGUUUGCCAUGUCCGAGAUUGUCAACACGAUAAUACAAUCAUACCAUCAAAAAGGUCGACCCAACGCACCAGAGAUCGAGUGUUGUCUGAACGAUCUUCCACAUAACGACUUCAACACUACCUUCAAGUUGGUACCUUCCUUUCUAGAGAAGCUGAAGAUGGAGGUCAAAGGAAAGUGCUUCGUGUCAGGAGUCCCAAACUCUUUCUACUCAAGGCUGUUUCCAAGCAUGUCUCUUCACCUUGCUCAUUCAUCUUUUAGUCUCCAUUGGCUUUCUAGGGUCCCUGAUGGUCUUGAGAACAACAAUACAAGCAUCCAUAUCAAUGAUACAUCCCCUCCAGAUGUCUACAAAAGUUAUUUGAAUCAGUUCAAGAAUGAUUUCUCGUUGUUCCUAAGAAUGCGUUCAGAAGAGAUAGUGCCUAAUGGGCAGAUGGUUCUCACGUUCGUGGGCAGAAAGGUCUCUGAUCCUUUAUCCAAAAAUUGUUUUCAGGUUUGGUCGUUGUUAUCGGAUUGCAUCCUUGAUCUAGUGUCCGAGGGGAUUAUUAAGGAAUCCGGGAUGCACUCUUUCAGCAUGCCAUUCUAUAAUCCAAAUGAAGAAGAGGUGAGGGAAGUUGUCAUAAACGAGGGAUCCUUUAAAAUCAACAAGAUUGAGACACAUGACCAUAUUGUUCCAUACAAAAUUGAGAAAGAUGAGGAGGAACUUUCACUUGAAUUAAUGGAAGCCGGUAAAGAGAGGGCAACCGGUAUAAGAUGCAUCACUGAACCGUUGCUAGUUGCUCACUUUGGAGAAACUGUUAUCAACCAGGUGUUUGACAAGUAUGCACAGUAUAUGGCCAAAUAUCUCAGUGUUUCAAGCCAUCGUCCCAAUAUGACCCUCAACAUUUGUUUUUCUUUGACUAGGAAAUAAAGAUUCUCUAUUCUUCUAUGUUUGUGUAUGUUGUGAUCUUAUGAUUUACUU